AUGGCGACCGCCACCGGGCAGCCCCGACCGCGCCUGCGCGCCACCACCGCCGCCGAACUACGACUCCCAUGUGGGGUUUUUGGUAAGCUUAGAAACUAUAAACGUGUGUAUUCUCCUCAUCCUAAGCUUGUCCAGGGAAUUACAGCAUCCCUCUCUCAGAAGAGCAGCAGCCUAAGUACUUUGAAUGGAAGGAAAUCUGCAAAAGAUGGUCUGAAGCAGGAGCUCUUGGCACCUUUGCAGAGGUUCUCCUCAACAGCAGCGAAGAGCAGCACAGCAAAUACUUUUGCCUGCAGUACGUGUUUUGGGAAGAAGAAUGCUACCAGAGAUUGGCUAACACAGAAAAGCUUCCUCCAUGCAAAGGCAGUACCUGAUGAAAGUGGAGACAUCAUUGCUUGUGCUCAGUCCAUCUUGGAGAGAGAAAAUUAUUUUGUUAGGGAGGUGGACAGGUAUUUGAGGCACAAUGAUUUCUUGAACCUGAGAAAGAAGGAGCUCCUGUACAAGAAAUGGCUUAGGGAUGUUUCAGAGCCACUGCUGCGGAAAAUUGAGGACAAAAUUGACAGCAAAUCGAGUGAAGAAAUACAGAAAAGGAAUGAAGAACAACUCUCUCUAUAUUUAAACUACUGUAAAAAGAAGGGCUAUACAGCUUUGGACACUUACAACCCUUCAGAGUAUGAUCCGUUCUUCCUGAAGACUUGUACGGACUGCUGGAAGGUUACAAUACCAACUUUACAGGAUCCGUUGUUAAAAGACAUUCGAAGAAAGUUUACUGAGAAAGUCAUUAUCAAGCAGUGUGAGACAGGAAGGCUGUGCUCGUCCAGAGAACUGAAUCAACUCCGAAAAGCAGAACUGCCGCUCCUGCCUUUGAGCCGGCAACGUAUGGAUGCAGCUGAGUGGCUGAAGGUACCGCAUGCCUUCAUUGCUAGUGAGGCCCACCGGAGAAAGAGGCAAAAAGUUGUUGAACACCACAAAGACGGCAAGAGCUCACGUCAUCUAUCCUCCAGCUGACUGUGCAGUGGGAAGCACAGCCAUCAGAAGGUACUGUUCACAGUAUAUAUGUGAGAUCUUCUGCCAAAGCAAGUGAUAACAGGCCAGUCCUUCUGGUAGACUGCAAUAAACUUAGCACCUGAAACAUGUGUUUCCGAAGUAUUUUUUACACAGCAGCCAAAGAAAUGUAUGAGAUGUUGCUCCUUUUAUUUCCAGUUGCAGGCCAAAACCUGCGUGGAUUGAAAAAAAUAUUUUAGGAGUCUUAAUUUAAGCUCGGCCCUAGGAAGACAGUCUGAAAUUAUCUGGUUUAUUAUAAGCCAAUGGGUGUCUGUCUUUGUACUAAAAGAGACAGAACUAGUGAGAAAAGUUAGAAAAAAAAUCUGCCAAGACACUCCUCUGUGCAACGUAGACUCUGUAUGUUACCCCCAGGACUGGCUAUAGUUAUGACUUCGAGUCCGCUCUACCUCAUAUUACAAGAAGUGCGAAUAUGAGCAGUAGUCAGAGGGAAAAGCAAAUUUCACUUACAGCUUCAGCUCUUGCAAUUUUGCAAAAGAUGCUCAAAGAGGUCACCCUGUGUGUUAAGAACAUACCCUCUCUUUACAUGACAAGGGAGGUGCUCUUGGCUUUCUGCAUGGUUAGCAGACAUGUACAAAAGAGCAGAUGAGAAAGCGGUGAUAAAGAAAUAAUGAUUUUUUUUUUUUCUUUAAAGCUUUAUCAGAACUGGAAUACUGAAUGCCUUGCAAAAUAUCUGCAAAAUAAUACUAGGGUACUACUACCAAGGCAAGGUAGUCAGAGGGUUUUAUCUGACAGCAGGCACACAUUAAAUCAAACCUUAACAAACGUAUUCAUUGUUUUGAGAAGGCAGGAAAUAAUUAGGGGAGACGUACCUGUUCUUGUUCAGAAUGUCUGGUACUUUUCAGAUAAUUGGUACUGAACAAUAGAUGCUGCCAGUUAAAAUAUAAACUAGUUUCUGUAUUGUUUUAAUGGUCCCUGUCUCCCUACUAGUUUGAUGACAUAGGAGCUUAGAUGUAAGAGCCUGAAAACACAUACAGUUUUCUCUGUGCAGGUUCAGGAAGUUCUUAUCACCCACUGUACAGACACAAUCUCUCAAAGAGUUGUCAAGAUUUAGUUUUAUUUGGGGUUAGAAAUAUUGAACCACAGAAACCUGUUAAAAGUAACAGAGGUUGACUCAGCCCUGUAACAGGAGGGCAUACAGGAUGGUGAUCAGCUAUGAAACUAUCAGACAUCAGGAGGUAUUGCAGCACCCAUGGAAAAAAGGGCACACGUUGUUCAGAAUUGCAUGCAGUGCUUUUUCAACAAAGCAGUUUAAGGAGGCAGUAAAAUAGUUACUAUGUAUCAAACACUUCAUAAUGAAAACAAACUCUCUUUUACCAUCCCUGAUAUUAGUCCCAAGAGAAAGAUUUUUGUUUUACAACCAGUCUCAUUUUACAGGUUCUUGCUGGACUAGCAGUUCCCCAGAAUAAACAUUUUAAACUUUAUUAAACUUUCCUGUAAGUUUUUCUCAUUAUUUCACAUUCUCCUGUACAAUAAAAUAUACUUUUUUUUAAAAAUCACUGUGCAUCAAUAAACAUCUGUAGACAAAUUACAUUAAUAAACUUUAUAUUUUACUCUCUAUAUACAUGUUGGCAAUGACAGAGCUUCAAGAUUCACAUGGAGGCCUGUAAAACCGAGGGUAUGUACAUCAAUAACUUACAUUUAGGAAAAAUCAAAAGCUGAAGAGUAUUUUUCCACAUAAUUGUGGGUCACAGUAUUUAAAAUAGUUUGUCUAGUUAUUCUUUACAACCACAUUGUCUCAGCAGAGAAUGAUUAAUCAAACUGAAGCAUAAGGAAAAAUCAAGUUCCAAUUACUGAUUCAGUGCAGAACUAAGUGAAGUGAAGAACUACACUUGAUUUUUAAAGAAUGUACAAUAUAUUGGAGACUCCUCCAGUGCUAAGGCUUCUUCAGCUUUUAAUCUUUAAAGUUAUCGUCCUGAGACGGGAAGAUUCCAGUGGAUAUCACUUUUCAGAUUUCAAAUGGAAUGAUUCUAGCAUUAAACUAAACCAUUCCUCAGUCUAUAUAUUAGACUAAGUGGUAAAACAUACAUACAUUUUGAUGCCACGUUCCUACUUAAUACUUUUUAUGGCCCUGAAAAUGGAAACAUUGGCAUCCCAAACCAACAUAUUUCAAUAUAAUAAAAAGGCACUGAGCUAUACUACUGUACACAUGUAUGUAUAUAGUGUACAUGUAUGUAUGCUGUAUACAGUAACAUUUGUGUUUGCAUAGAUCAACAGUAACUUUGAACGCAGCA